AUGAGCUCUCCUAAGGACGUUAAGUCGGACCGCGCCGACUCUCCUUGCGACUUGCAGGAGCCAUCGACGCCCCCCACCGACAUUAUCGCUCCUCGCUCUACUAGUGCGCCCGUCCACUACACCGAACGAUCCACCUACGUCACCCCCAGCCGUGUCAACAACUGGGCCCUCGCGAUUUCCCAGGAUCAGCGCGGAAUCAUCUUGUCGCCCAGUUUCGCUUCCAGCGGUGACAGCAGCCCUCUUGACCAUUCGCCUAUUGACUGUGUUGGCUAUCGCCGAGAGGCCGGUGAUCACAUUUCCAUGAUGGCGGCGGUUAAUCAGAGCAUCAAUCGCCUUGCCGUCGCCGAUUGGUCUGGAACUACCACCCCUCUCCUGGGUCAGAGCCCUAUUGCGACCCCCGUCAGUGAGGCAGACACCGUCCAGCACCACUACCUCCCUAGUCCCACCGUUCACGCUAUUCCCUUCUCCUCUUCAGAGGAACGCUCGCUGUCUUCUUACGAGCCUAACCGAAGCGGCCAGCACCGUCACUACGGUUCCUUCCCUGAGUUCGAGUACACUCAUCAUCAGCGCCACCAUCACUCAGUCUUGGACCACUAUUCCGACGUCCAGAUGUACUUCCUCGUGGCUAUCCUGCUCAUGACAGUCCUGGUCCUCAUGUACAUCAUCGUCGAGCUCGUCAAGCAGCGCUAA